UAUCAACCGGAAGUGCAUGGGUGAACUGCUACUACCAUCAAUCUCUUGAAGAAAAGUUCAUUAAGUUUUCACACCACAACUUUACUGUAGUCUACUCGCUGAACGCUGACAUGGCUGCAAUGAAUAGCUGGUUGAUUUCAUGCAUUGUUUUAGUUCAUUUCGCUUAUUUGGGAUCUUGUGAUUCGGACUCCGAAAUAGAUGGAGCCCAGCCCGAGCUCUUCAUUUUCCACGAGUUGUGUGCCCUAAAGAAGGAUGAAGGGCCCUGCGAGGCGUUAAAGGAGCGCUUCUAUUUCGAAAUUGACACGGGCCGCUGCGAGUCCUUCAAGUUCGGUGGCUGCAGAGGCAACGCCAACAAUUUUGAGACCUUGGAAGCGUGUGAGGGAAUGUGCCUGGUGUCUGCUGACAAGAGUCCCUGUCACCUGGAUGAGGCUCCGGGGCCAUGCCGCGGUCUGGUGACGCGCUACUUCUUUGACAGCCAGAGCCAGGCGUGCAAGCACUUCUACUACGGAGGCUGCUUCGGCAACGCCAAUAACUUUAAGAGUAUGAAAGAGUGCCAGGCCAGGUGCCAGAACCCAGAAAACACCAAUGUGGCCCCUAAAUUGGAUGUGACUCCUAAAUUGGAGGUCACCGUCCCAAAACCCACUAGUAAACCUAAUGUACAACCUGUCAAAGUAACUGGGGAGUUUGCUUUAAGCGCCUCACACAUGCAGCAGAAUCAUCAACACCAGGCCACAGACUUCAGUCCUCCAGAGUUCUGUCUCAGUACCAAUAACAAGGGCACGAUGUGUGACGGAGAGGAGAGGAGAACGGGAAGGAGAUAUGUGUACAACCCCAAGACAAAGAGAUGUCAUUGGUUGCGUAACAGGAGCUGUGGGGGCAGCAAGAACAACUUUGUCCUCAAGAGACACUGCAUGAAGAUGUGUGUGAAACCGAAUCCCACUCACAAAAGACCAUCAGGAUAAAGAAGAACACCAACAUCUUAUUUCAAACUGUCUAAAUCAAGGCCUUGUAUUAAAUCAUUYUWACACUAYUUUUUAAUUACACUUUAUCUAUAUGGUUCUUAUUUGAYGGUGGUAUUAUGUUGUAGUUUUACAGCAAUUGUAUAAAAGGCUUGUUUUGGCCUAUUAUGUAAUUUUGUUAUUUGAACCUUUUAGCUCUUUGUAUGAGGAGUGGUUUUGUAAUAUCAAAAUUGUAGACAUUUUCUUCCCUGUCACAUCCUAAAAAAUGGUAUAUCAUUGUGAUGUUUUUCCUGAGGACACCAGACAAGUUUGUUUUUAUUGACAAAUGAUUAACAUUAAGGAACCCAAUAGCACUGCACUGCCCAUGAAAUAUCACUACUAUAAAGCUCAAUCUCUAUCAAUUACAUUAUCAGUGUAAUUAUUUAAUCCCAGGUUAAGAUCAUUCCUUCAUGUGAGUAAUGUCUUACCAUGGAAAAAAUGCACAUUACAUUUUUUUUAACAUAGUUGGAAAGAACAUAUAUAAUCAACGAAUUGGAGCCUAAAUAAAAUGUUGCGUAGUCAUCCA